CCCAACUCAAAAGCUAUAUCGAUCAGAUUGAACAUUAACCGUACCGCUGCCGAACUUCAUUCAAGCAAGUAUAAUUGAAAACUGAUCGAUCGAUCGGAACAUUCAUUAACCGAUCUGACACCGUCUCCUUCCUUCUCCCCUUUCAAUUCACCAGCAGUAAUCAACCCACUCAACGGCGGCGCUUCUUCUCCAUCAGCCUGCAGUUAGUAAUCCUCCCGCUACUGUCUUCUUCCUCGUCAUUCCCCAUUAAAUCCGUGUUUUGUUGAGGAUUAGCUAUGAUAUUUGAUGAAGAACAAUAAACAAACUAUGCAAAGUAAACCAAAAAACAGAGCAAGCAACAACAAUGGCAAAGACAAGAAUAUAUGAGGUAUCUAAUACCUCCCCCUCAAAAUAAGUAUCUUAUCAUUAAUAUAAACUCAUUUACACUAAUGACUCACCUUGCAAAGCUUUAAGAACAAUCUCCCAAAGCAAAGAUUGAACCUUUACUUCAAUCUCUCACAAAUAUGCAAAUACAAAGACGAAGAACUCUUAUGAUGUGAACCCUAGUUUUACUCUCUUGUAUAUGCCUCUCCUUAUACCCUAAUGAUGUUCUAAGACUGUUCUAAGACUCCUUAUAUAGCUCUAAAACAAAUUAGAAUAACCUAGGACAAAAGGGCUUAAAGCCCACAAAAAACCGGAACAAAACAGAAACUGAUGCGCGAAGAGACCUGCUGUUCGCUUGGGUCGAGCUUCCUCGCUCACCUGGUUGAGCCACUGACCAGUAGCUGCUGUCUGUCUCUUCUUGCUUGGCUCGAUCGAGCCACUCAUGCUUGAUGGGUCGAGCAGCCUUCUAGAGGUCCCAAACCUCGUGCCUUGUCUCCACUAAGACACCCCAAAUCAUCACCAUCAAUCACUUCAUCGAGUGAACCAAACCUUACCACUCCAUAUCCCAUGGCACACCCACACCACUCUCAAGUGUGCAAGACAUGGCAUGAUCUAUGAGGUGCUCAAAGUCGUCAUCAAUAUUGUGGGAAUUGGCUCUUGAUUCAACAAGUUUAAAUCUGUUUGUUUAAAUCUGUGCUAUGGCUGAUCGAGAUAGGAAAAAGGCCUUAUUUCGUGCAAAACUGAACGAAAAACUACAAAAAACCCGCAUUGAUUCUCCGCUUGUCAGGUAUAAUGAGAAUGGUAAGCCUAUUUGUCGAGUUUGUGAUGUUGUCUUAAAAUUUGAUUCUGAUUGGAUUGCUCACCAAGCGUCUCGAAAGCAUCAUGAGGCAAUUAACAAUCUCAAAGCAAGUGCUUCUAGGAAAAUCACAGUGAAUGAGACUGAUAAAGAGAUUUCUAAGCUACAAAAGGAUGAAAAUUCAAAGUCCAAGGAUGAUAAGCCAAGAAUGUUGCCAAAUGUACAGAAUUCUAGACAAACAUCUGUGUUGCCAACAAAUUUCUUUGACCAUGGGGACUGUAAGAAACAGAAAGUUGUAUCUCCCGAAUUACAGCAAGAAGAUACCAGCGUGUCUGCAAUCCCACCUAAUUCUGUGAGAUCUAGUCAACAUGAAAUACGGCCAGCUAGAGUUGCUGAGGAUUUUAGUGCUGCAUCAGAAAAUAAACAGAGCAAGGGAGAAUUGCCUGAAGGUUUCUUCGAUAACAAAGAGGCUGAUCAACGUGCACGUGGUAUAGAACCUGUGAAGCCAGAUGUCAAGGAUGAGUAUAAGGAAUUUGAAAAAUUAAUCCAAGAGGACUUGGCCGAGGUGGAUAAUCGCCUUGAAGAAGAAGAGGUUGAUGCAGCUGAGCAGAUAGAGGAGGAAGAAAUUAUAGAGCAGAGGACGUACAGAAAUAGAGUGGAGGAACUAAAGAGAAAAAAAAUGGAACUUGUUGCAUCUUCGAAAGAAAAGAAAAAUUUUGAAGUUUCAGGAUCAAAGACCGAGCAGGAUAACAUGUCUAGUGAAGAUGAAGAUUAUGAGAGCUUUGCAGUUGAUUGGAGAGCACAACAUCUAUGAAAAUUAACAGUUUCCCUGUAAUGUUACUGAUCUUACCCAUUUUCUUUAUUAGUACUACUUUAGAGUGUUUUAUUGCACUUGCGAAAACUUCAAGGAGCUGCUUUGUAUGGCUUUUGUUAAUGCACUUCCGUUUGCAGGUUGAAGUAUUCAUCUGAACCUGAUGUCUUGUUCCUUGGUUUGUUGAGUUAGGGUCGGAUUAUGUUAAGCUGUGGAUCAUAUUCAUGGAAAUGAGAAGAAACAAUUUAGUAUAUGACACUAACUUGUACUUGUCCAAGGACUGAGGAUAGCCAAUUUUUAAUCAAAGAUAAAUAUGGAAAUAUUGGUUUAUGUUCUUGAUUGGAUAGUGGACAUCCAAUAUAGGAACAAUGUUUAGCUUCA